AUGUGCCGUUUCCUGGUCUACAAGGGAAGCGACGAGAUUCUUCUGUCCAAGCUGAUCCUCGAUCCGACUCACUCGAUUCUCAAGCAAUCCUUUGACUCCCGUCUGCGUCUCGACACAAGACGUGGCCAGAACAAUGCAGAUGGCUUCGGCAUAGGCUUCUACACCGACCCCAAGCUCGGCGCCGCGCCCUGCCUUUUCACCUCGACCAUUCCCGCCUGGAACUGCACUAACCUGCAGCGCAUCGCCUCCAAGACCGCUUCCCGCCUUAUCUUUGGCCAUGUUCGAGCUACGACCGAGGGCUCCCUGAGCGAGGACAACUGCCAUCCCUUCACCCACGGCAGCCUCAUGUGGAUGCACAAUGGAGGACUCGGAGGAUGGAAGCACAUCAAGCGCCGCCUCGGUGAGCGUCUGGCCGACAAGUGGUACCUUGGCGUCAAGGGCGGCACCGACAGCGAAUGGGCCUUUGCCCUGUUCCUUGACACACUCGAGCGGCUUGGCCACAACCCGAGCGCCUGCCCCGAGACCGGCUUUGGCCCUACCGUGCUGCGAAAGGCCAUGCUGCGCACGAUUGCUCAGAUCAACGAGCUGAUCGAUUCGAUCCCUGAGAGCAUCCUACAAAACGAGGACGUCGACACCACAAGUCUGCUCAACUUUGCCGUGACCGACGGCCACAGCGUCAUCUGCACCCGAUACAUCAAUAGCUCCGAUAACGAGGCGGCCAGCUUGUACUACUCUUCUGGAACCCAAUGGACGACACGCACACAGUCCGCGGACGAUAGGCAAUACCAGAUGGAGCGCAAGGACAAGGGAGCUGACAUUGUGCUUGUGGCGAGCGAGCCCCUGACAUUUGAGAGAGAGAACUGGGUCAACGUGCCUACAAACUCCCUCUUGACGAUCCACAGACAAACCGUCAUGGUUCACCCCAUCGUUGACAAGUACUACGAGCGGGAUCCUCACCACAUCCGCUCCAGCGCAUAUGUCCAGGCUAAGGGCUUGACUUCGAACGAAAAGACCCGUAGCGAGUCAGCCAGCCCCGGAAUGGUUGAUCGCCACCAGCACGAGCUCGACAGCUACCGCAAGAUGAUGACAGCAUCCUUGCAGUUUGGCCCAUCCAGAAGCCUCAGCCCAGAUAUCGCCCGCCGAUCUCGGACACCUGCAUCUAUGCGCGAAUCAACCCCGAUCUCGCACUCGGUGCAAGCAUCACCACCAAGUGAGGCCAGCAACAGACCUGUGCCUGCCCAGGGAAACAUCAAGGUCAAGAGACGGUCGAUUCAGCUCCUCGAUAGCAAUCAGAGCUUUGGCUCAACGACAGAUUUGGACCAGAUAUCAGACACGGAGGAGCCGACUCGGGCAGAGGUGCGGAACCCAAGGAAGCUUUCGCAGUACUUCCCGGAGCUCACCCUCGUUACAAACGCGGGGUCCUAG